AUGUCAAUUGUCAACCAAAUUAACCAAAAUCCAAAUUUUGUCGAGAACAGAAAUAAUUUAAUAAUUAUUUUGCGCGAUUGUUGAUUAAUGAUUAUUAAAAUAUAUAAAAUAUUUCACAAGUUACAUAAAUAACCUGGAUAUUCAACAGCGCCUGUUUAAACUAAAGGCGCAGUGCGAGAGAUACCCUAAAAUGCAUCACAGUGUACGUACCAUUACACGAGGAUAACUUUGAACUUCAUUAUUAACGUUACUGCGUAAACGUUUUGGAUUGCUUUUAGUUAAAAUCGUGUGCAGCAACAUGGACGAUUCCAGGAAAUUCCAACAGAUGCAAGAUGAAAUGUCGAGAUUUGAAGCGGAGAUCUCGGGUACGGACAUGGUGGCACUACGCCCCGUGAUAGGGGCAGCAACGUUCGGGGUUGUGCAGCAACAGUUAGAGCGUGCCAUACCUCCACCUCCACCCCCACCGGCACUCCUGCCACCGUUUGACAUGAUGGGGGCGAGAUUGAUGUACCCCAGUGUACCACCACCACCACCACCACCAUCAAUGAACCCUAUGAUGGUGCCCGCCUCAGUGCAGCGUCUCCGUCCACCAGGACUACCGGAUGGGUUCCCAGGCCCCAUGCCGUUCCUCAGGCCAGGUAUGCCAGGUCCUCAGCUGGCGCCGCCUCCGCCGCCCAAACCGCAGCCUGUGGUGCUGUCGGCUGCUCCCAGACUAUACAAACAACCCAAAGAGGACGAACACAAGAAAGAAAAACACGAAAGCAAGAAAAGAAAGCGAGAACGCCCCGCGACUCCGCCGCCGAAGAUAGAGCCGGAGGUGGUGGAGCCGCCUGCGCCCGCGCCGCCGCCACCGCCCGUCAUCAGCGUGCCGGAGACUGCCGUGCCCAAAGCUAAGAAGGAGAAGAAACAUAGAAAGGUAGUUCGGACAGCAGGCGGGCAGGUUUGGGAAGACGUGACAUUACUGGACUGGCCUGAUGAUGACUUCAGGAUGUUCUGCGGGGACCUGGGCAACGAUGUCACGGACGAACUACUGACGCGAACGUUCGGCAAAUACACGUCGUUCCAAAGGGCCAAGGUGAUCAGGGACAAACGAACGAACAAGAGCAAAGGGUUCGGUUUUGUCAGCUUCAAAGAUCCCGGCGACUUCAUCAAAGCCAUGAAGGAAAUGGAUGGUCGCUACGUCGGCAGUCGACCAAUAAAGUUGCGCAAGAGUUCGUGGAAGAAUCGCUCGCUCGACAUUGUGCGGAAGAAAGAGAAGGAGAAGGCAGCACUGCUCUCUCUUUUGAUGGCUGGCAACAUGAACUAACAGAAUGACCACAUUAUAUUGAGUUAGUAGAGACAAAUGGGAACAUAUCAUAAGAUCGUUAAUAGGCUGGUUGACACUUUUUCUUAAAUGGUCUUUCUUAAAAACGUCUCAAAAAAUUAUGAUAAUUUUUCUCAAUAUAGACUACAAGCCCUUAAACAAAAAUUAAAUUAUGUGAAAUGAACCAACAUAAAUAACGCUCAGAAGGCUGUUACUAUAUCAGAAAAUAACUCUGAGCACUAUGCCGUCAUUUCUGAGCGGUACAGGUGAGUGCGCGAGUGAAGAGUAAGGCUUGCGACCCUUAUCUUUCGACUCCUGCGCUAGUAAUAUGUACGGCGUUUGCAAUUUAAGACCAUUUAAAAAAAAGUGUCAAUUAACCUAUUUUUUUUUUAGUUGUCUCGUCUCGAAGAACAUAAGCAUCACGUUUUAGUCAUAAAUAACUAAAUAUUUAACCAGGCAUAGGCCUAGGAUGCGUCGACGAUUAGGAGAUACAAAUGUCGAAUGUCGACCAAUAGCGGCAAAAUAGAUAAUAGAUAUGAAUUGAAGACAAAUCGAAUGCGCUGAAAAUUGCCGAUAUUUGAAAUAUUUACCAAGAGAGAGAUAAUCUGCAAAAUAAAAUAAUCUUUAUCAUCAUAAUCAUCGUCAUCAUCAUCAUUAUCAUCAUCACAAUCAUCAUCACAAUCAUGAUGUCAUCCGUCAAAUUAAAAAAAAAACAAGUGUAUUCUAAAAUUAUAGUGCAAAUAUUGGAAUAACUGAGUCUAAUACUUAUAGUAUAGGUAGUAAUGCAUUCACAAACAAAAAAAUAAUUUAAAUAAUUAUGAAAACGCAUGUUUUUUUAAUUUGUUUAAAUGAUUAUUAAAUUUGGCAAGCGAUUUCAGUCUAUACUUUCAUUAGCCAAACUCUAGUUGUUAUAUUUUCAGUGCUACUUUACAAUACAGAAGUCCAAGGUUCGAUCCUUGAUUUGCUCAGUAUAUCUAUAUCUAUUAGUGGCGUAGUGGCGUGCACUUCAUACAUGCAUUAAAGUACUGCAUACCCUAAGAGUUGUCUUCUUAGUGCUUAUAAAAUACACAUUUUUCCAAUUUGCUAAAUUUUAUUACUAGUGCUUACCCUGAUCGACAACCUUAUGCACGCCACUGAUACCCACCCUAAAAUUAUAGACCAACUUACAUUGACAAAAACUUGCGUGUCUCGAUAGAGUAAUGUGCGUUUUGUAUUUAAAUAGAUUUGUUUUCAUUUAGUUAAUUAUACUCAUACAAACAACAUAAUAAACUUAUCUAAUAAGA